AAACAUCACAUCUCGUGAGUGUGUGUAUCUUAUCAACAACGAAAGAAGCUGCACUCAAGCACGACUAGACUCAAGCAAGCAAGCAAUCAGAGUAGACUAACUUACAUGCAAAGAUAUAUAAGACAAAACAUGCAGUCAGCAUUGUGUGUGUCCUGAUCCCCUGUACAGAGAGAGCAGUGACUAAGAGAUGAGUCUAGACAAUGAGAUCAUUCGGAGGGGCUACUUCAAUAUCGUGAGGAACCCUCGGGAUGGCGUGUUACGGCCACUCAACCAGAUGUCGUCCAAACGUCAGUGGGUGGUGCUUCGUAAGGCAGCCCGAGGCAAACCCACCUCCCUGGAACUAUACAAGAGUGAGGACCAGACGCAGGCCCCUCUCAGAACAAUACCAUUGGAUCGCAGUGGUUUCAAGAAUAUCCACAGAGAUGAGCACAAGAAGGCCUUCAUUCUCAACCUCAACGAUGAGGUGUGUUUGUUCCAGUGCACCUCUCGUGCGGACAUGGAUGAUUGGUCUAGAGAUAUAGAGACGUAUGGAGAGCCAAGGUCCGGGGGUGGAGGAGGUGUGUCAGUGGGUGGGCCUGCUGAGAGGCGCUCUCUACACGCAACCAAUAGCAACGGGUUCGAUGACUUUAAUGGAAUUCCAGAUGAUGAAACUUUUCCUGUCAGACUCCGCAAGUCCAACACGAUUGUAUUCUCUGGGCCAUGCUUAUUGGAGGUAUUGAAGGACUUCGAGAACAACAAGUUCCACAUUGCACUGUUCACCAAGGAGGAGGCCCCUAGGCUAAUCGUCAAGUGGCAAAUAGACCACGUCCGUCAGUACGGAUCACAUCAGUCAGCUUUUAAGUUUGAGUCUGGAAGGCAAUCCUCUACGGGUGUGGAUUGGUUCAUCCUGGACACAGAAGCUGGCUCAGCAGUCAAGAUACACAGAUCUGUAGACUACUGGGCCAAGCACAUCGUGGAGCAAGUCAGCAACCUUCCCGGGGCCCCUGUACAUGUGGGCCCCUCCAGAGCUGGCACCCUCCCUGGCUCUGCCAUCGUAUCCCCUCAGAGCACGAUGAAGAACAGCUCCUCCAGUGUCCCACGCUCUGGUGGUGUCCCCCCAAGCCCCACUAGUCCUGGUAGCGUUGGUGGUGGAGGGAUCUACCAGCCACUGGGGGCUAGAGACAGGGCUGACCUCUACGCUACUCCAGGACUACCGGAGGACAAAAACAAAUCGUUGGGGAAGCCGUCCCGACCCCCCAAGGUAUCAGAACCUCGUGCUCCCCCCACCGCUAGCCUACCCCCUGGUACCAGAAGCCUCUACCAACCCCUCGCCCCUGUACCCAGCACAUACAAUGGUGGUAGUUUGUACGAGGACUUGAAUAAAGUAACAAGAGAUGCUCCCAAAAAUAACGAUCGUUUCAAAGUGCCGAGUCGCCCGGGGCAACGGGAUCCUACGUACAUGGGCCUGAACCCGCACACACAGGUGGCCUCCGAGGUGUACAUGGGACUGGAUGAAGCAAGAUCCUGAACUCACACUCUCUCAUGCAAUUCUUUGUACGUAUAUAAUUAUAAUUAUAUGUCAUUUGUUGUGUUCAUUCAUGUGUGUGUGUGUGUGUGUAGUACAGAUAGCAUCAAGACGUACAGUUGAACUAUUUUAAUUCACUAUAAUAAUUAUGAUAUUAAUUGCAUGCAUGUUACUGUACUUUAUUGUCCUGCACAAGUUUCAUGAUGUGUGUACAUCAAAUGUACUUAUUAUAAUUUAUGUCAAAUAAA